CACUUGAAAAAAAAAAAAAAAUAAAAAAAAUAGAUAGAUCCAUUUUUAUAAAUUUUAAAGUAAAGGGACAAUAAAAGUUGAAGGACCGACACUAAAUUGAAAGUGUAGAGAUUUAUAAGACACUUUUAAAAAUUUAAUGACACAAUUGUUUAGGUAUUAAACUUAUAAUUUAAUCUAGUUAGGAUACUAACAAAUUCAAUCAGCUCACAAUAUAUUAAACUUUUAAAAGGAGCGUAAGACAUCACAAGUCGAAAACUAAGCUUCAAGUUCAAUAAAAUCACUACCCUUUCAAUCACCAGAAAACUUCUGUCCCCCUCCAAAGUCAUCGUCUUAUGGACCACAUGCAUAUUGUUAACCAAAAAUAAUAAUAAGAACAAGAAAUUUUUGUUUGAUGGAUAGAUACCAAAAUUAAACUUUGAUCAUAAUAAAAGAUUUAUUUAGAAAAGACAUGGAUUGAAAUACCUAACAUUAAGGUCUGCUCAAUUUAAUUAAGAUAUAGGUUAUAUUUUUAUGUAGUAAAAAUAUAGGAUAUUUGAAAAUGUACCUUCAAAGGUAGUACAAUGAGAUGGACUUGAGAUAAAGCCUAGUACAACCUUUGGAAUAUUGGUGUUGAUAAUAAUAAUAUUAACCUUUUUUGUUCGAAUUCCAUUCACUUUAUACGGAUUCUCAACUUUUAAAUCAAACUUUUCUUCCUUUGAUGCUGCCUGUUGUAUAUUAUCCAAACUUUGAAUUUUUAUUUGGUUUAUCAUUUUAGAAAUAGCUGACCUUCUAAAUUCUUUAAAAUACCUUAACAAAAUGUAUAUUAACAAUAAUUUGAUAUUACUCUAUUUAGAUAAAAACUUUAAAAUUUUGUUUUUAGUUUCUAGAGGUAUUUAUAUGAUCUAUAUGAUCUGAAAAAUAUAUUAGUUCGAACUAUCCAACUUAAACUAUAAAAAAAUAAGUUAAAGUUAAUCUUUUUUAUUUGGAUUGGGUUCAUUUUUUGAAAAAUAGGAAAAUUAGCAUUUUGUAUUGUUGGGUCAACUCGAAAAUAGGAUUAUAACCUAAACCUGCCCUACUUAUAAAAUUAUUAUGAAAAUUAGAAAUAUUUGAUGUUUGUAAUUAAUAUCAUGUAUUGUGACUAGUAAAUAUUUUAAGUAUAUAAAAUUUUAGUUAUUAAUAUAACUUGUAUUAUAGAUAAGGACGAUUCUUUUUUAAUAAUUAAAAAAAAAAAAAAAAAAACUUACAAUCUAACUUAACCCAACAAUCUUACCAUCUAACUUAACCCAAGAGGAUUAGGUUAGGUUUGGUUAUGAACUUAAGUUCUCUAGUCACAUAUCCAUCCAACCAAAAAUUCCCGCUUAGUUUAAAAGAUCUAUGCAACCCAACCCAUAUAUAUUCCUAUUAACUUCACCUAACAAAAUAUCUUGAACUAACGGAGAUGUUAUCCCUUAUCUUUGUAUCAUGAUUGAUAUAUAUAUAUAUAUAUAUAUAGAUUUGAGGAGAUAGCUAAGAAUAUAUAUUAAUAUCUAAUUAUAGUUUCAACAUCAUCUUGAUAAAGCAUAAAUAAUUAUUGGGUAUUGGGUUGUGAAACUUUUAUAGUUGAAGUUUGAUGGAUUGAUUUAAUAUUAGGUUUUAAAAGCAUGAAAAUAAAUGCAUAAAGCUGGUACGAACUUAGGAAUGCAUACAUAUAAUUACAAUACAGAAAAAGUUGAGUAACAAUAAAGAAUAAAAGUAGUGGGAAGUUAUUAUAAGCCUUUUUGAUAAAUAAAAAAAAAACACAUUACUUUAAAGAGCAGGAACAUUAAAUAAUUAAAGGUGUUGGUGGUGGUGGGGUGAGGUAGGGGAAUAGCAAAUUGCAGUUAGACAGAUAGAGCAUUUAAAGGGGCGGUGGAGUAGAAUGAAGCCAGGGCCCACUAGAGCAAAUAGUAAUAAUAAUAGUUAUUAACAACCAAGGAGUAAAAAUUUUCACAUUUUACCCUUUCUAUUUGUAUAACCCAACUGAUUACCUCCUAUGGACCAAAUUUCUGGCAACUAUAUAUUAUGUGUAUAUUACUUUUUACCAUAAUAUUUGACGUUUUCUUCUGAUAUUGUAGAUCCAAUCAUGAUUUGUUUUAAUAUAUUUUUUUAUUUUUCAUUUAUAUAAAUCAAGAAAUAAACCCAACAAUUUUGUCAAUAUACCUCAUAUUUGAAUUUUUAUUUCUAGGUCUUAAAACUUUUUAUUCAGGAUGAAUUUACCUUUGAGUUGUUGGGUUGAAUUUUUGAUAAAUGGAAAAUUUAGAUGAGUUUGCAGGUUUAUAUAUUUUUUUUUGUUGGGUUGAAAAAUAGGUUACAACCCACUUCUACUUUUUAAAUGAUUAUAAAGAUAGAAUAUUUGACGUCUGUAGAUGUCAAUGAUAGGGGGUGACUUGUGAAUAUUUGAUAUCUGAGUCUUAUGAGAUUUUAGUUAUUAAUAUAACAUAUAGGAUAGAUAAGUAAGAUUUUUUUUUUAAAUAGUUAAAAAAGAGAGCAACUGACAAUGCAACCCUAAAAUAGAGGGUUAGGUUGGGUUGGAAUUAUGAACUAUAUUCAGAGUUGCUUGAAUAACCAACUCAAGAUAUAUUCAAAGUUGCUUGAAUAACCAACUCAAGAUAUAUUCAAAGUUGCUUGAAUAACCAACUCAAGAUAUAUUCAAAGUUGCUUGAAUAACCAACUCAAGAUAUAUUCAAAGUUGCUUGAAUAACCAACUCAAGAUAUAUUCAAAGUUGCUUGAAUAACCAACUCAAGAUAUAUUCAAAGUUGCUUGAAUAACCAACUCAAGAUAUAUUCAAAGUUGCUUGAAUAACCAACUCAAGAUAUAUUCAAAGUUGCUUGAAUAACCAACUCAAGAUAUAUUCAAAGUUGCUUGAAUAACCAACUCAAGAUAUAUUCAAAGUUGCUUGAAUAACCAACUCACGAUGCAACCAGGAAAUAGAGGGUUACAUUGGGUUGGAAUUAUGAAUUCUAUUCAGAGUUGAAUAACCAACUCACAAUGCAACCCAAAAAUAGAGGGUAACCAACUCACAAUGCAACCCGAAAAUAGAGGGUUAGGUUGGGUUGGAAUUAUAAACUCUAUUCCAGUUGCUUAAAUAACCAACUCACAAUGCAACUCGAAAAUAGAAGGUUGGGUUGGGUUGGGUUGGAAUUAUGAACUCUAUUCGAGUUGCUUAAAUAACCAAUUCAAAAUUUUAAGUUUCAAAAAAUUUUCCCAAAUCUUCGAUGGUUUCGCUUUCCUACACUAGUAGUUCAACCUUUCUAAUGUAGGCUCGUAGGUCUAACCAACCUCAAGUUUAUAGUAGUCUCUUUUGCCCCUUCGCUACUACAAAAGCUAAUAGAAAGUAGACCUCUACCUAUUACUUCAUAUGUAGGGCUAGCUGAGCUUUAUUUUAAAGCGAUAGAUAAACAAGACUCAAUCACACAUGAACAGAUUCUUGGGUGGAAUCUCGUUCGCAACAGAUUCUUGGGUGGAAUCUCGUUCGCACAACUCACCCCUCGAUACUCUUCACCUAUCAAUUCAUCCCCAAUAGUAUACUAGUUUAACCCAAGAACCAGGAGAAUAAAUAGGAGAAUACUUUAUUGGGUUAGAUACAUGUAAAUCUUAGGGGAAAAAAAAGAAAGAAAAAAGGGACCACAUGAAAGGGGAAGAAGAAGCAGGCACGCUUCUGAUGUCAUGAAUAAGGCAAGGUAUUACACGACAAAAUCAGCUUUUUGAUAUUUAUAUUUUAUAGUUGACAACGCCCACUUUUUUGGCCGUUCAGAACUGUGGUUGUGUUUCAUUUAAAUCCAGAGUUAAAUAAUUUAAAAAGUGAUAAAUGUUAGUAUAUCUUAGUAUGCGGUAAAAUUAUAUAUAGUAAAUUGAAUCAUAUAUAUCCUGUAAAUAGAGUUUUGAAUUAUAUAUAGUAAAUUGAAUCAUAUAUAUACUCGUAGAUAGAGUUUUGAAUUAUAUAUAGCAAAUUGACUCAUAUAUAUCCUCGUAGUAGAUAGAGUUUUGAAUUAUAUAUAGUAAAUUGAAUCAUAUAUAUCCUCGUAGAUAGAGUUUUGAGAAUGUACUUUCUAUUAUGUAUAUUUUCUCUUCUACAUUCUUAUACAUACUCAUCAAUAUAAAUUUGUGUUCAUCUGGAUCGAGUGUGUGGAUAGUUUGAUGUUAACGGUAAGAAAUAGGAAUACACAAAAUAAAUGGAGAUGGGGAGAGGCGUUGGGGAAAGGGUAGCAUUUACAGCCACAUCCUGUGCAAUCCCCUUCGCCCAACAUCACUGUUAUUCAACUAUUUCUCUCUCUUAUUAAUGAGUUUAGGGUGAGUAUUCAUAAGCAGGGCAAGCAAGCAUAGCCAUCCUUUCCUUCCAAAAAAAAACUUUUAUAAUUUAUUCUUAUGCAUUACGUCUCUGUUUUCUCUCUCUCUCUCUACAUAUUAAUUGAUUGGGAUUGCAAUCUAACCACCCCACCCUUCCCUUCUCGUGUCUUCCCCCUUCAAAGUCUUCCCCUUCCCACUUAUACAUUUAAGACAUAUAUAUAUAUAUAUACUCGUUCACAAUGGACCAUAUUCUGUUCAUAAUAUUAGGAACAUUCUGAACAUCUAUCUAUUAGGUUCUAUCGAGGCAUUGGAUCUUCCUAUGUCCAUGUCAUAUGAUUUAUGGACUAUGUAUUGGAUAACAGGUGUAUGAUCUAACUUUCGACCCACUAUAUCCAUGCUGUUUGAAACUGUCCUUGAAAAAUCUAUUUCGAGUAUGAACUUAGGUCUAAUUCCUGUUUAAAUGAGGAAUGUGGGAAGAAACUAAGAGAGAUUUGUUUCUUUAGCUAAAUGGGGUUGGGAAUAGAGAUUAUAUACCUCGACCCCUUCCCUGCCCAAAUUCUCGUCUAUUCUGCUCACUUUAUAACGUGUGUUAUGAAAUAUUAUGUUGCUAAAAUUUGAGUUUUUGUAAAUUUUAUUAAAUAUUAUAUUAUGUUUUUUUUUAAUCAAAUGUUAUACAGUAAACUCUGCUCCUGUUUAUACAGUAAUAAAUGAAAUUUUUUGCAAGGAUGGGGACGGAGAAGGCUUUUCCGUUCCCGUCUCGCCUUAUGGACAUCUCUAUUUUCACUAGGAUUAGAUGAUUAUUUAGUCCUCGAGGUUUCGAAACAAGGAAAGAUUCACAUGUGUAUGUAUAAUUGUAUUAUAAAUAAAAACUAUAUUAUAAAAUUAAUAGUAAAUUGAGUAUAUUUGACUCAAACCCAUAAUAAAGCCAAUUAAAUUCUUUUAUGGGUUUGUUUUUUUAAUUUAAUAUGUAAAGAUAGAAUUCAUAAUUUUAGGAGAGGGCUAAAUUGAAAAUUUUGUAAAAGAUUAGGGACUAUUGUGUAAUUAUGUAAUAUUUAUGUUAUACAUAUAUAAAAGGCAAUAUUUGGGGCUUUCAGAGAAAAGUGUUGGCUUUUCGUAUCUGCCGAGUAAAGACUUUAUGCCGUCCAAUGAAAUGAUCCAAACCCAAAUUCAGAGAUGAGCGGCGCCACCGCCACCCGUCUUGUUCCCCAUCCCCUUCUCCUUCUCCAGUCCAUCCGCCGCCGCCGCCGCCGCCGCCAUUAAACCCCUUCUCAUGGUCACCGCCGCUGCUCCCACCCCCAAGCGCAGUAAACUGGCUCUCCACCCUCAACACCACCACAACCGCCCCUCUCCGCCGCUUCUCCCGGGCCUCCCUGAUGACGUGGCACAACUCUGCCUCUCCCAUCUUCCUCCUUCCCUCCUCUUCUCCGUCUGCCGGUCAUGGCGGCGCCUCCUUUACUCCCCUUCUUUUCCUCCGUUCUUCUCCCUCUACGCCCUUCUCUCCUCCUCCCCUGAUUCCAUCGAUUUCUUCAACUUCGAUCCAAUCUCUUCCAAAUGGACCUCUCUCCCUCCCCAUCCUAAUCCCCCCUCUCUACAGCUCUUGAUCCACCACCCCUCUUUCCUCUCCCGCCACCUCCCCGUUCAGUCCCUCGCCGUCUCCGGCCACCUCCUCCUCUUAGCCGCCACCACCCACAACCUCCUCCCCGCCCUUCCUCGCCCUCUCCUCUUUUCCCCUCUUUCAAAUUCCUGGCGUCUCGCCCCUCCUCUCCCCACCCCUCGCCGCUGGUGCGCUGCCGGCUCUCUCCGCGGCUCUGUCUACGUCGCCAGUGGAAUCGGCUCCUUCUUCUCCACUGAUGUCGCUCGAUCCGUCGAGAGAUGGGAUUUGAAACCAAUGGACGGUGGCGCGUGGGAGAAGGUGAGUGGGCUUAAGGAUGGGAGAUUUAGCAGAGACGCCACUGAUGCUGUUGGGUGGAGGGGGAAGCUCUGUAUGGUGAAUGUGAAAGGGGAUGCGCGGAAAGAAGGGUUGGUUUAUGAUUUGGAAAGGGAUGAGUGGGAGGAGAUGUCGGAGGGGAUGAUCGGAGGUUGGAGAGGGCCGGUGGCGACCAUGGAGGAGGAAGAGAUGUAUGUGGUGGAUGAAGUCACCGGAAGUCUGAGAAGGUAUGAUCCGGAAAGGGAUUUCUGGGAAGAGGUAACGGAGUCAAAUCGGCUGAAAGGGGCGGUUCAGAUGGCGGCCGGCGGCGGCAGAGUAUGCGUGGUGUGCAGCGGAAGUAGAAGGGAAAUCGUGGUGGUGGAUGUGGUAGCGUCGCCACCGCGGCUGUGGGUUGAGGCGACGCCGCCGGGGAUGGAGGUGGUCGCCGUCCACGUGCUGCCCAGAAUGAGUGCCCCAAAGUCAUGAUCGUCCGUCGGUAACAGCCAGAAAGGGAUUUUUUUUUUUGCGUGUUGUUUAAUAAAUUGAUUGAAAAAUAAUAUCGAUAAUUUAAUUAAUUGAUGUUUUUGUCUUUGGAAAGGAAAGGAAAGGAAAGGAAAAGUGGAGAUUUGUCGGUUUAGAGAAGAGCAUUUGCUAUCCACUCUUCAAUGCAUCAACUCCCGAUUAGGGAAUAUUAAUUUUACUGUUUCUUUUUUCUUAUUUUGAAAAUCAUUAUUCUAAUUACAAAACCAAUCUUGGAUGAUUUAUUUUA